CAGUCUCUCUUUUUCACAUCUCUUUCUUCAUCGUCUCCGCCGUCCGACAGCCAUGUACAGGCAGGUGCUGGUGCCACCCGGUACCCACUCUCUGCAGUGGCGGGAGACUUGGCCGCGUUUGCUUGCUCCUCUGACCUUAUGGAUAUGUGGCAUUUUCGAUUAGUCUGAGGUUCGGUUACUACGGGGACUGUCGAAUGGUGCUCGGACCCAACUCUUCGCGAUUGAUGAAGGCAAGACCUCUGUUCGUGGAGCUGGUCGAAGCCAGAGAUGAAGAUCGGAAAGGGGUUCUUCUUUAUGGGUUCUCGGAAAAACCGGAGUUGAAUUGGGAAACAAAUUGGAGUGUCUCUAAUUAUCUGAUUGUGGGAGCAUACAACCACCAGGGAUUUUCGUUGUGGUUAAACAAGGGUUCUGAUAUCAGAAUGAGAUGGGAAACUCAAACAAGUAGAUUAGCUCAUCUUCAACCGAUUAUCAUUAAAGGCGAACGAAAACGCAAAACAUUGCUGCCAAAAUUUUCAAGUUCUUUCGAUCCCCUUGCUCUGAGUGAACCACUUAGUGGAAAAGAAGUUGAGUACACCGUCAAAGAAGAUGACAAGUACUAUGUAGGAGUGAUUAACAAGUACCGUAGAAGCAUUAUUAUAUCCAUAACUUUGAAUGUUACAUCCAAGAUGUAUGAUCUAACAAAAGCAAGGAACAAUUGUUCCACAGAGACAGGAUCCUGCCAGCUAAAACUUAUAUUUCCUGACACUCAGUUCCUUGUACUUACAACUCCAAACAAAGUUGACAGUGGUGCCUGGUAUAUUGAGCUUUCUUUUGUGGCUCGACUAAUAACAUAUAUAGCAAUUUUAGGCUUUUUCUUUGUUAUAAUUUUCUUUGUAUUGAAAUACCUGGGGGCAUGUGAUACUCGUGGGAGCGUAUUUGAUACAGCCCCAAUGGGAAUACAAUAUGAUAGGACUCCUGCUACCGAGACCACCCCCCUACUAACACGAACGCAAUUGCGAUCCACGUAUGGAACAGAAAGAGGAGAUGCAGAUGAUGAUGAAACGGGGUCAUCUAGUAGCUCUUCAGAAGAUCUCUAUGAUGCAAAACUAUGUGUAGUAUGCUAUGAUGAUCAACGCAACUGUUUCUUCGUUCCUUGUGGCCAUUGUGCCACCUGCUACGAUUGUGCUCAAAGGAUAAUGAGUGAGGAUAGCAAGAUGUGUCCAAUUUGUCGAAGACUAAUUCACAAAGUAAGGAGAUUAUUUAGUCCUUGAGAAUUGAGGAAAUAGGAUCAGUAAAUUCAUUUCACAGAGUGAAUUGUAUGCCAUUGCAGUUUUUUUGUGCGAGUUCUUGGCUUGAAUCCUGAUUGUAACUCGUGUAAUUAGCUUCUAAUUUCUCAUUUCACGCGACACAGAAAUGUCAAUUCUCUGGAGGUUUUAUUCUCUUCUCAAAUCUUUAUUACCUGAGAGGAGUAGCUAUGUAUCACAAAGUUGAUUCCCAGCCGUUGUGACGUCUUUCUUAUUUGUUCUUUUAUUCAGAUAUUUAUGGGAAUCUGUUGCUUUCAGUGAAGCAGUCUAUACUCGACGCCUUUGUCAAGGUUGCGUAUGAUUUUGCAUCAGG